AUGCCUUGUUCGUGCGGGAACUGGAGACGAUGGAUUCGGCCUCUGGUGGUCUUGUUGUAUAUUUUAUUGUUGCUUGUGGUCCUCCCGCUGUGCGUGUGGGAACUUCAGAAGUCGGAGGUUGGCACUCAUAACAAGGCAUGGUUUAUAGCCGGCAUAUUUGUCUUCAUGACCAUACCCAUAUCGUUAUGGGGCAUUCUGCAGCAUCUGGUUCACUACACGCAGCCGGAGCUUCAGAAACCUAUCAUCAGAAUAUUGUGGAUGGUGCCAAUUUACAGCUUGGAUAGUUGGAUUGCCUUGAAAUAUCCCCACAUCGCCAUUUACGUGGACACUUGCCGGGAGUGCUACGAGGCCUACGUCAUCUACAACUUCAUGACGUUCCUCCUGAACUACCUGGAGAACCAGUACCCCAGUCUGGUCAUGAUGUUGGAGGUGCAGGAGCAACAGAAGCACCUUCCACCGCUUUGCUGCUGCCCGCCCUGGCCAAUGGGAGAGGUUUUGCUAUUAAGGUGCAAGCUGGGAGUGCUGCAGUACACGGUGGUUCGGCCAGUCACAACGGUUAUCGCUCUCAUCUGUCAGCUGUGCAAAGUGUACGACGAAGGCAACUUCAGUUCCACCAACGCUUGGACCUAUUUGGUGAUUGUCAACAACAUGUCACAACUGUUCGCCAUGUACUGCCUGGUGCUGUUCUACAGGGCUCUGCGAGAGGAACUGAGCCCUAUCCAGCCGGUGGGCAAGUUCCUCUGUGUCAAAAUGGUGGUGUUUGUCUCAUUUUGGCAAGCUGUUCUCAUCGCCCUGCUGGUUAAGGUGGGCGUUAUUUCCGAGAAGCGCACGUGGGACUGGCAAAGCGUGGAGGCUGUGGCCACUGGACUACAGGACUUUGUGAUCUGCGUGGAGAUGUUCCUGGCGGCCAUCGCUCACCACGUGAGCUUCACAUACAAGCCUUACAUCCAGGAAGCCGAGGAAGGCUCCUGCUUCGACUCCUUCAUGGCCAUGUGGGACGUCUCCGACGUUCGCGCCGACAUUUCCGAACAAGUCCGCAACGUCGGUCGCACAGUGAUGGGUCGCGCCCGAAAAUCGUACUUCGACGACGCGCAGAACUGCGGCGAGCGCUCCGGCCUACUUUCAUCAUCGAGCUCCAUUGUUGGCGAGGUGGCAUCCGACCCGCCGUCGCCCGGGGGUCGCUACCAGGGUACGGGACAAACGCCCCGUUCCGUGUCGGCCCCCGGCGGACUCGCCAGGGACGAACGGGAAGUCACGAGCGACACUAACGAGGACGAGGAAGCCAAAGAGGAUCUGAUCGUCGUGGCUUCGAGCUGA